AUGGCGACAAGAGGCUACCUCUUCGCUCCAGUUAAGUCCACUAGUCUUGAACUCCAGUUAACCAACCAACGUACCUUCACAGAUCUACGCCGCCUACAUUUCGGCGUUGUUCUUGCUACUCCCUCUUCUCUCGACGUUGGCGUUCGUAGUCGUUUUGAUUUCGGUGUAAGAUUCCGGCGACUAAAAUCCGGUGGACUUCGCCGUAAACCGACAUCGCGGUCAACGGCGGCAGUAAUGUUGACGGAGAACCCCGUCUUCCGCGAUAUCUGGGCCACCGCGUUUUCAGGUGGAAUCGCUCUCUCUUUGCUUCGAUUGUGGGAAGAAACAGCAAAGAGAGGGCUCUUUGACCAGCACGAGAAAGAUUGGCAGUGGUCUUUAUGGUUUCGGGCGACCUCACCAGGAGUGUAUUUUAGUGUUUUGAGGUGGCAAAAAUCUCUUGUUGGUGACUGGACACCACAUCUCGACCAGCUCGUCACAAUGGAGUGA